AAGAUAAUUUUUUUAAUAUUUAUGAGAAAGAAAUGAUAGAAAAAGUAGAAAUUUAUUCUACCAAUAGAUCUAAUGAUGAUGAGGAACUAUACAUUAAUCUUUGGAAGGAUAAGUAUAGUCUGGCUAUAUAUUUAACAUCAAUUGAAGAAAUAUUCACCACUAGAAAAGAGGAGAACUCUGAUACAAUCUCUAAAAAUGAUAUUAAGGAAUUAGUACAAGUUGAAACUUUAAAUGAAGAACAAAAAAAAAGCUACUUAUCUUCUAAGGCAGUUUAG